AUGAUGAAACAAUUAAAAUAGCCUUCACAAAUAAUUAAGAUUAUUUCAGAUAAGAAUAGCAAAAAUAUAUCUGAAAUAAUUGUUGUUUAAGAAUACUCAUUAGUACAAUUAAAAGACAAAGACUUAAAUCUAAUUUAUUAAGCUAAAGAAAAAAUAGUUGAUGCAGUUCCGAUUAAAUAUCCACUUAACUAAUUUCAAAUCGCCAUAUUAUAUGAAACUGGAUAGGUUGAAUUGUAUCAACCUAAAAUUCAUUAAGUCACUUAAAGAAUGAGUUUGAAAGGGUAGAUGAAGAUGCCAUAUAAAUUAUUUUAUGCUAAGAAUUUCCUCUUUGUAUCAGAUUAUAUAUAAGGAAUGAUCAUAAUCAACUUAAGUAUUUAAGAAGAAAAGAAUUUUAAAAGAAAGGAUGCAAAAGUUAUAAGCGUAGAGGAAAUAGAAGGCCAUACAUUAAUAUUUUAUUAUACAACAAAAAAAUUGAUAUAACAUGAUUUUGAAUCUGAAUAGGAGAUCUGUUUACUCGAAAACAAAUAAAUUUAACGAUUUUCAAACAUAUCUAAAUUAUUUAUAAGUAAUAAUAUCAUGGUCCUCUAUUCUUAUUCAACACUUUUAUUUUACUAAUUAGAUCCAUUUGAGGAACUAAAUAAUUAUUCAAAAUUAAUAAAUAAUAAAAUAAUUGAUGUAUUAGAAUAUGGAACAAGCAAGAAUCAAUAUCUAUUAGUUCAGGAAAAUGGUUAAAUCGACUUAAUAACAUAAAAGAUUGAAUAAAAGGUAGGCAAUCACUUCAACGUCAUAAAGUUAAAUGUUGAGAACAUUCAACUCUCUUAUUUAAUUAAUAACGAAUAAUUAGUUGUAGUUUCAUAGGAUGGAAUCUCAGUCUAUGAUUCUAAUUUCGUGUUAAAUUUUCAAAUAUAAUUGUGUAUAGGUAUGACUAACCUUUUUGAAUUUCAAAAUAAUUUGUAUGCGAUUAAGAAGUACAAUGAUUUUAGUAAACCAUUUGUACUUAAGAAUAUUAAAAAUAUUGAAUCAAGGCAAAUUAUUACUAAUUUUACUCAAAAAUUAAAGAUCAAAUAAAUUUUUGAGGUUAAUCAAUAUCUAUUAAUUGUAACCACUAAUCAAAUCUAAUUAUAUUAAAAUACUACGCCAUUAUAAGUUUUAGAUUACGAAAGCUAGAUAAACCACUGCACGCUCCUAGAAAACUAAUACAUUAUAUUGUCAAAUGAUUAAGUGUUGUAAUUGUAUCAGAUAUCAAAUGAAUAGUUGUAAUUGAGAGAUCAAAUUAAUCAACAAGCUAUUUAAAUAAAAUCUCAUUAUUAAUAGAAUCAAUUCUCUCUAUUCAAUGGAAGUGGUUAUAUUCAAAUAUAUAAAGUUGAUCAAAAUAAAUUAGUAUUUAGAGCAUAAUCUAAAUAAUUACUGGACUUAAGUAGUUAUCAUAUUGACCAAGAGUAUCUGACAAUUUGCAGAUUUGAUUGUUCAUUAACUCAGUCAAAAUUUGAAUUUUAAGAAGAAGGAACUGAAUUUCCCCUGCAAUAAUAUUCACUAAAUUCUAUAGCUGUGAUUAUUAAUUACGAUAAUAUUAGAAAAGAAUAUCAAGUAAUUUGUUAAGAUGGACAGUUUUAUAUAUUUGAUAAUGAAUUGAAAGUCAAAAUCAAAAAUAAUCCAAUUGGCAUCAAUAAUAUUGUAUAAGAAAUUUAAAUUUUCAACAAUUUAUAUCUUGUAACUAUUUUACAGUAAGGAACAAAUAAAUACUAAGUGAUGGAAGGCAUCAAUGACUAUUACAUAUCAGUUAAAGAAAAUGAUUCACUAUUUUUAAGUAAUACCAAUGAACUUUAUUUAUUAAAUGAUCAAACUUUGGCGAAAGUAACAUUGAGAGAAUAAGAAAUAGGGUACUUAGAGAUAAAUCUAUUUCCAAAAAAAGAAUAAAUUUUAUUAUUAAAGGAUAACAUACUUAUCACUUAGUAUUCUGUCUAUAGAUAUUUUGAAGAUUCUUUUGAAAGAAUUCAAGAUUUUGGACAAUUACAAAAAUGGGUAUUGGUUGCAGAUGUUUAAAAGGAGAAUGUAGUCUUAUUAUUAAAUGACUCUUCGGUUUGGAUUAUUAAGGCUCACCAAAAUGGACAAAUAGAUUAUAAAAUACAUUAUAGUAAGGAGGAGUACAAAUUCUAAUAAGUAAGAUUGUCUAAUGAUAUCAUAAUAUUAACAUAUCAAAAUUUGGUAGCUAUCUAUUCACUAAAUAAAUUUGAACUAUUAUUGUAAUUUUAAGCCAUCUAUCCAGAUAAGAAUAUUUGUAAGGAGGAAGAAAUUACCUAGAUAGUUAUUGAAUAACAUUCUGAAUCAUUAUUGGUAUUGAAUCUAUUGAUUUAAUAUGCAGGAAUUGCAAUUAUACAACUAAAGUUAUUUAAAGUCAAUGGAGCAACUUAAUUAAAAUUAAAUAAAAAAAUUUAUUCUCCUAUUGAUGUUUCUGAACAUUUGAGAAUGCAAAUGCUUUAAACAACAUGGUAAUUAUUUAAUACAAAAAAUUAAUGCCAAGUUUUUAAGCAUGUUCACAAUUUCUUUGAUUCUUGUCUGCAACCUAUUUAAGAGAAACCAUAAAUAAUGAAUGAUUAUGUAGUUGAUUCGAUAUAAUUUAAUGGAUUUAUCUAUUAUUUAGGUAUAUGUGGUGCCUUAUGGAGUAUUAACUUGGACUGA